GGGGCCCCAGCGCCGGGCCCGGACUGCACUGGCCGUUGGGCGGAGGGGAGUCUCGCGAGAGUUGACACCCGGAAGCCGGUUAGAGGAAGAGGAAGAGGCGGGAGCAGAGAGGAAGGAGGGGGCUUGAGGCUACGGUUGUUGCAGCUGGUGGCGGCAGGGCGCGGCGCGGGGAGCCAGGAGCCGUUGUUAGGGGUAGCGGCAGCAGCAGGCCCCGGCCGGUUUCGCGUCGGGCGGCGGCACCGCGGCCCGGGCCGCGCUGUAAGAUGGCGGCUGCGGGCGGGGGCGGCAGCGUGAACCCCUUCCUCAGCGACUCCGAGGAGGACGAGCUCGAGGAGCCGAGAUCCGGCGGAGGCGCCGGCCCCGGCCGCGGCGGUCCGCUCUCCCCGCUGCAGGAGGCGGCGGCGGGGGGCAGCCCCGGGACGCUGCCGGGUCUGCGGGUGGCGGCGCCGGGGGAGGCGGCCGGGGCCGGGGCGGGGGAGCCUCCACGGGUGCCGAUGGACGCGCUGGCGGCGCAGCUCCUGCGUGACCAGUUCCUGCUGACGGCGCUGGAGCUGCACACGGAGCUGCUGGAGAGCGGCCGCGAGCUGCCCCGACUUCGCGACUACUUCUCCAACCCGGGCAACUUCGAGCGGCAGAGUGGCACUCCGCCUGCUGCCCCUGCCCCGGCCUUCAGCACGGUGAUGGGCGGCCUCUGCAAGGAGCCCCUACCCGGCCAGCUCAAUCGAGCUGGAAGCAUCAGUACUCUCGAUUCCUUAGACUUUGCAAGAUACUCUGAUGAUGGAAACAGGGAGACAGAUGAGCGAGUAGCAGUCCUGGAGUUUGAACUACGGAAAGCCAAGGAGACCAUUCAGGCCCUCCGAGCCAACCUGACUCAGGCUGCAGAAAACGAAGUUCCAUUGCAGGAACGAAAAAAUUAUAAAUCAAGUCCUGAAAUUCAGGAGCCAAUCAAACCUCUUGAAAAAAGAGCUCUAAACUUCCUAGUCAACGAGUUUUUAUUGAAAAAUAGUUACAAACUUACAUCAAUAACCUUUUCAGAUGAAAAUGAUGAUCAGGAUUUUGAACUGUGGGAUGAUGUAGGAUUGAACAUUCCAAAACCUCCAGACUUGUUACAGCUAUAUCGUGACUUUGGAAACCAUCAAGUAACAGCAAAAAAUGUUGUCCAUGUAGCAGUUGGUGUAGAAGAGGAUGAAUUGGAAGUCACCACACCUGUUCUGGGGAACAUUCCUGUGUUUGAUACAACCCAGUCAAUAGAACAAUGCUUAGCUGUACAGAAAUUAGAGGAUCAAAUCAGUGCAUUAAACAGUGAGAAGUGGUCUUUGAUGGAACAAAUUCAAAGACUUGAGAGUGAAAUAGACUUUUUCAAGAGAGACUUUGCUGUUCCAGUGGUUUAUGAUGUUGUUCAGCCCUCAUUAGACCAAGUGCCUCUCUCAGUACUAGAGGACAAUGGACAGUACUUAGAUAUCAAGAGUUCAGAAAAUGAUGACAAGCUUGGAAAAACUGAAGAAUUAAGCCUUUCUAUAUCAACUGAAGAAGAGUCAAGGACUUCUAAAGAUGAUGCACUAAACUCCCUCCCCAGUAAAGAGAAAAUGCCCUCUUGCAGUCCAUCAAGUAAAGCUGCAGUACAUUUUGAUAAACCUAAUAGGAAGUUGUCACCAGCUUUCCAUCAAGCACUACUAUCUUUCUGUCGGAUGUCAGCAGACAGCCGUUUGGGAUCCGAGGUGUCCCGGAUCGCCGACAGUGAAAAAAGUGUCAUGUUAAUGCUGGGACGUUGUCUGCCCCACAUUGUUCCUAACGUACUGCUUGCAAAACGAGAGGAAUUGAUCCCACUCAUACUGUGUACAGCCUGCCUCCAUCCUGAAUCCAAAGAGAGAGAUCAACUCCUACACAUACUAUUCAAUUUGAUCAAACGGCCAGAUGAUGAGCAAAGACAGAUGAUACUGACUGGGUGUGUGGCAUUUGCCCGACAUGUGGGACCAACACGCGUAGAAGCUGAGCUUUUACCACAAUGUUGGGAACAGAUCAAUCAUAAAUACCCGGAGAGAAGACUACUAGUGGCAGAGUCUUGUGGAGCUCUCGCACCUUACCUUCCUAAAGAGAUUCGUAGCUCACUGGUGCUUUCUAUGCUGCAACAGAUGCUAAUGGAAGAUAAGGCAGAUCUGGUACGAGAAGCUGUGAUCAAAAGUCUUGGCAUUAUUAUGGGAUACAUUGAUGAUCCAGACAAGUAUCAACAGGGUUUUGAACUGCUGCUUUCAGCUUUGGGAGAUCCCUCAGAACGAGUAGUUAGUGCAACACAUCAGGUAUUUUUGCCUGCCUAUGCUGCCUGGACUACAGAACUGGGAAAUUUACAGUCUCAUCUUAUACCUACGCUGCUUAAUAAGAUUGAAAAACUACUCAGGGAAGGAGAGCAUGGGCUGGAUGAACAUAAACUCCACCUGUAUCUUUCUGCUUUGCAGUCCUUGAUUCCUUCACUGUUUGCACUGGUGCUACAAAACGCACCUUUCACAAGCAAAGCUAAGCUCCAAGGCGAUGUGCCGCAGAUAGAAGUGACUAGGUUCCCACGGCCUGCAUCACCUCUGCAAGAUGUAGCCACUAUUGUUGGAAGUCGUGAACAGCUAGCAGUGUUGCUUCAACUUUAUGAUUACCAGCUGGAACAUGAGGGUACCACAGGCUGGGAGACUUUGUUAUGGGUUGUCAAUCAAUUGCUACCACAGCUUAUAGAAAUAGUGGGCAAAAUCAAUGUUGCCUCAACUGCUUGUGUCCAUGAGUUUUCCAGGUUUUUCUGGCGUCUUUGCAGGACAUUUGGGAAAAUAUUCACAAACACUAAGGUAAAACCGCAGUUCCAGGAAAUCUUAAGACUGUCAGAAGAAAAUAUUGUUCUAUCAAUGACUUUAGAUUCCACAGCAGGAAAUGGAGUGCUGACAAAGGCCACAGUUCCCAUCUAUGCAACAGGAGUCCUUACAUGUUAUAUUCAGGAAGAAGACCGCAAACUGUUAGUUGGAUUCUUGGAAGAUGUGAUGACUAUGCUUUCACUCUCGCAUGCUCCUCUUGAUAGUCUGAAGGCUUCUUUUGUGGAACUGGGUGCCAACCCAGCAUAUCAUGAGUUGCUGUUAACUGUACUGUGGUAUGGAGUUGUCCAUACUUCAGCUCUUGUUCGAUGCACAGCUGCUAGAAUGUUUGAGCUGUUGGUGAAGGGGGUACAUGAAACUCUGGUUGCUCAGAGAGUUGUUCCUGCUCUCAUUACUCUCUCCAGUGACCCUGAAAUCUCAGUAAGGAUAGCCACAAUUCCUGCAUUUGGUACCAUCAUGGAAACAGUUACUCAGAGAGAGCUACUGGAAAGAGUAAAAAUGCAGCUGGCUUCUUUCCUGGAAGACCCUCAGUAUCAAGACCAACAUUCUUUACAUACAGAGAUUAUAAAAACAUUUGGAAGAGUUGGACCUAAUGCUGAGCCAAGAUUUAGAGAUGAAUUUGUUAUUCCUCACUUACUCAAAUUAGCCUUGGUCAACAACCAGCAGUCUGUGGAUUCCAAAAGACUGGACAUUGCUACCCAUCUGUUUGAAGCCUACAGUGCUCUUUCCUGUUGUUUCAUUUCAGAGGAUUUAAUGGUCAACCACUUUUUACCUGGGCUCAGGUGUUUACGAAUUGACAUGGAACAUCUUUCACCAGAGCAUGAGGUUAUUUUAAGCUCCAUGAUAAAGGAGUGCGAACAGAAGGUGGAAAACAAGACCGUCCAAGAACCACCAGGCUCAAUGUCAAUUGCUGCAAGCCUGGUGAGUGAAGAUACAAAGACCAAGUUCUUGAACAAAAUGGGCCAGCUGACCACAUCAGGUGCCAUGUUGGCUAAUGUGUUUCAGAGGAAGAAGUGAAAUGGGAAAAGAAAGUCCCAGUAAACACUAAGAUGGACCUCAUGCAGACUGGUUCCUUGUACUUGAAGUACUUGCCUUUUUAUUUCCUCUGUCUUAUGUUCUUGUAGUAUAAUUUUAUUCUAACCUCCAAAGAUAUUUGCACUGCUUUUGAAUAUCGCUGUGUAUCUGUUCAUUUUUUGGGUUAACUGGUUGAGAGAGAACUGAAUUCAUAGUCUGUACCAAGUCCCUGUUCUGCGUUUGUCUUUCCAGCAUAUUUUUUUUAUAUAGUGAAGGGUUUUUUUUUAUUUUCUGACAAGAUAUCAGCAAGUAUCUGUAUUAUACAUGGAGCUAUUACAAUGGUACUUAAAAUAAUGUAAAUUUGAAGUCAUUGUCAUGAAGUAAUAAAAGUGGAGAUUACUUAUGUAUUUAAAUUAUGAAGGUGUAAUGCAGAAUUCUUUUUACUGUGUUUCUAAUAUGACAAGGAAGGGGCCACCAGCACUUGUUUCUGCUGUUAGGAUUGUGUUUUUGUAAGUACUGUACAUCUCAAAGCCAGAGGAAUUGCAGCACAUAACGUAUGGAACUGCUGGCACUGCAUCAGUCCACAGGAAACUCUCAGCACUUCGACUGUUUCAGUGCAUAUGUUGCAAGUGCUGUUUGAAAUAUGCCAGAUGAACAUUUUGCAUCUGUUGUCUUCUUACUUUAAAGCACUUUAAUGAUUAGUCUACCUACUGGAAGGCACAUCUACUAAGUAAAGGAAACAGUGGUAGAGACAAAUCUUGUCAAAUGGUUAAUGUGGAAAUGGCUCCUUGUUGGUUCUGCAGAUUACAGCCAAUACACUGUACUAUACAUCUCUGUAGACAGAGUAACCCUUAAACACUCAAGUAGAUUCUGUGGAUAUGUAUGAAAUCUGUGCACCAACUUUCAGAGAAUUGCAGUAUCUUUAAAAGUGGUAUCUUUAACAAAUACUAGCUUUUUUAAUAAGGAAGCGUAGACAAACAAGUGUUUCACAACCAAGUCUAAACUUUCCCUGUUAGCGGACACUUUCCUUGGUCUUUGUUGAUAAGACCUUCUGAAUGUAUAACAAAGCACAUGGCAUCAAAUUGAUGAUAAUGAAACAAAAAUGUAAAUGCAAAAGUGAAACAUUUCCUGUAAGUGUCACAAUACUCCUACAAUUGGAAAUGUUCACCUCUUUGGGGAAGCGCAAGGAGAGGGUAAGUAGCAAAAGAAUAGUUUUCUGAAAUAUGGAUGCAGUGCUUAAAGUAUUUCCCAUACAUGUAGUUGAUAAAAAUGACUAAUACUCCUAAUUGCUUUGUGUUGCCUAAUGGCACUGCAUAUACAAUUGCCCAACUUCUAUUGUGCGAGCCUGCUGCACAGGUCCUUUUACACUGCAGACAAGCAUCUUUAUCAAGAUUACAGAUGGCUAUUACUUCCCAUCGCUUGUUAUCCUGAAAUAACUGUGCUUUUAGCAGAGUAUCUGACUGUGAAAUGGAGACAUUUCUAAGACAUUGGAAGUAACUGACUUUCCUCUCAAUUGUUGUGUUAUAAAUAAAAAAAUUUGCAUAA